AUUGCUUGGUUAUUCCGAACGGCAUCAAUAAGGUGUUGCACCGUGCACUCACUCAUUGAAGAAGCUUGCGUGAGUUGUCUUUUCAUUCACAGACUUUUGAAAAGACAUUUCUGUGUAUUUUAUCUUCAUUCAACCAGUCUUGGAUAGUGCAACAGUUCUUUCUCAUGGGAUCAAAUGAAUGGUUUAAAGAAAGUUGUCAUAUGUAAAGAGUUCGCUUUUGACAUGUUGGCAAGCUCAUCUGAAACACCUUGUGCUGACACAGACAAUACGCCACCAUCGUGGACUUGACCCGUUUUCAAUAUUUUAUGACUCGCUGGUUGAUUGAAAAAGUGAACGUGAAGAAACACUAUUAAUUGCAGACGUUAGAGUUUCCAUCUGUCUAAUUCCGCGUGUCAUGGCGAAGCUUCGGGGAUUUGAAUUCUGGGAAACGACUCUCAAAGGGGCUCGGUAUGUGGUUGCCCCCAUGGUGGACCAGAGUGAAUUGGCGUGGAGGCUUCUCAGUCGGAGACACGGAGCGGAGCUUUGCUACACACCGAUGCUUCAUGCCCAGGUGUUCGUGCGAGAUGUCAAUUAUCGCCGUGAUAACUUGUACAGCGAGGUGUGUCAAGAGGACCGACCGCUGAUUACUCAGUUUUGUGCCAAUGAUCCAGAGGUAUUUAUCCAAGCUGCUCUAUUGGCACAAGAUUACUGCGACGCCAUUGACCUUAACCUGGGCUGCCCUCAAAUGAUCGCCAAAAGAGGUCGCUAUGGAGUCUUUUUGCAAGAUGAGUGGGAGCUGCUUGAGAAGAUGAUUAAACUGGCAAAUGAGAAACUCACCGUGCCCAUCACGUGUAAAAUUCGAGUCUUCCCUGAGAUUGAGAAGACCAUUAAGUACGCCAAGAUGCUGGAGAAAGCUGGGUGCCAGCUGCUGACUGUUCAUGGCCGAACCAAAGAUCAAAAAGGACCUCUGACAGGAAUCGCUAACUGGGAGCACAUCAAGGCUGUCAGGUGAGAUGGUUCAGCU